AAAUACAUGCAACGUUUUUUCCAAGUCUGGCAUUGUUGAAACCUUUUUUCGUUUUCCUUUCAUUUGUUUUUUGUCUGCUAGCGAGAGCAGUCAGUCAAAACUCAAAAGCGAACAGUGCACUUUAUUCACGAAUUAUAUAACUUCAUCUUUUACUGAUGGAGAGUGCAAAAAACGCCGUUGAAACAAAAACCAAAUCGAUAUUUGAACUGGACUCAGAUGAAGAAACCCAUAACAAUGAGGGUGAUAGUGGUCUCGCUGCCUCGCUUGAAGCCAGUCCUGUACAAAAUAACAAAGAAGUCAGUCAUGAAGUAGCUAGCGAUAACAUCGACUCACGGGAACAGAUUACCUCAUCAUCAGAAGACCUCCAUAUCUCUAAACUUGGUGAAGACAACAUACCAUCUUUAAGUGCAUUCCAGAAGGCCAGAAUAGAAAGAAAUCGUCAGAAAGCCCUCCUCCUUCGCCAGGCAAGAUUGCAAGCUCAUCCUUAUAAAAAUGGCAACACAGAAGAGCAUUCUGUAAUCAGGAUCAAGAACUCGAGACUUAUUGAUUCAGGGGGUGGAUUCCUCAUUAAUGAGAAAGAACUUGAAGAAGAACAACAAAGAGAAAUAGUGAUUACUGAAGACCCUGCUCCAAUCAUUUUGCCUGAUCGUCCUCAUUGUGAUGAGUGUGAGCAGCCCCUUCACGAUUCAUUACUUUACCGCUCUUUUUCACAUCCGGUUUGCGAUCCGUGCAAAGAUGCAAACGACGAUAAGUACAGCCUAAUUACGCGAACAGACGCGCGCCAGGAGUACCUCCUAAAAGAUUGCGAUUUGGAUUUGCGCGAGCCAAUUUUACGUUACAUCUUGCGCAAGAACCCUCUCAAUCCCAACUGGGGAGAUAUGAAGCUAUACUUGAGAUUACAGAUUGAAAAACGAGCCCUCGAGUUGUGGGAGACCUUGGAGAAGAUAGAAGAAGAAAAGGAACUUCGCGAAACCAAACGAGAAAAAACCAAAAUAAAAAAAUUUAACCAACAAGUUAAAAAUUUGCGAAUGGCGGUACGCAGUAGCGUUUACAAAAAACAAACGGCUGGCCACCAGCAUGUUUUCGGAGAGGAAAAGUUUGAUGCUGAAAGAGAUCUUUACUAUCGCAAGUGCAGUACGUGCUCUUUUCAGCAAGAGUACGAAAAGAUGUGAUUUUUUUUACAGUUUUAUUCAGCCAUUUAUUGUCAGCACAUUCUCAGUUGUUGGCUACAUACUCAUUCGAAAUUACUCAUUUUAAUUUAAAUAAUAUUGCAAAUAUAGAUUUGGCAACUGCCA